AAACUACCAUUUCUCUCUCUUUCCUCUUCUUUUCUAUGUUCCUUGGCCUGAUUCUCUCCCUCUGCUUGAUCGUCAUACGAACUCCGAUCUUGUUUCACAAUCCAGAAAUGGUGUCCAAGAUCAUCAAGAGAACCCCACCAAAGUCUGUCAAACGCCAGAAACGAAGAUGCCACAGCCACCAUCACCGGAAAAGGUCAUCGUCGUCCAAGAAGACUGCCUCGGUCUCUUUCAUCUCAUCGAUUAACAAGUCUUUGCUUACCUGUCGCCGCCGCCUCAUCAAGCUCUUCAACAAAUUGUCCCGCUUUGGAACCCCCAAUCGCAGCCACAGGGGAUUUAAGAUUCUAACCCAGGAAGAAACAGAGUUUGAUCCCGAGUCUCGACUGGAUUUUGAUCUCGAAUUGAAACCCAGCUUACUUGUGCCUCGAGCCCUUCUCUUCGACGAGGAUCAGUUCCGGCUUCCUCCUCUGGUUUCUGAAAAAAAGGGGACCAUAUUUCUUGAUCUGGACGAGACCCUGGUGCAUUCAUCCACUGAUCUUCCUCAAAAGAGGUAUGAUUUCGUGGUUCGGCCUGUAAUUGAAGGGCAGGUUAUGAAUUUCUACGUCUUGAAGCGGCCCGGGGUCGAUAAAUUCUUGGAGGAGAUUAGCAAAAAGUACGAAGUGGUGGUUUUCACGGCGGGGCUGGAGCAGUAUGCGUCGAAGGUGCUGGACGUUCUUGACCCGAAGGGGCUAAUUUCACACCGGCUUUACCGGCAUUCGUGCCGGAAUUUAAAUGGGACGUACGUCAAGGACUUGUCGGAGGUGGGGAGGGAUUUGAGGCGGGUGGUGAUCGUCGAUGACAAUCCCAAUUCGUACUCUCUCCAACCGGAGAAUGCGAUUCCUAUAAUACCGUUUCUCGAUGAUGAUAAAGACAGUGAAUUGGAGAAGCUGGUGGGAUUUUUUCAGGGGUGUGAUCGGUUUGACGACAUCAGAGAUGCCGUGAAGCAGUAUCUCGGUGGCGGCGCUGUUCACAGUUUGGCGGAACGAAGCAAUGAUAUUUGUUUGUUUUAACAAUUGUUUGUUGUCUGUAGAAUUUUCCAUUUUUAUCUUGUUUGUUUUUCCUGAUGCUUUUUAUAAACAAUCUUGUUUUUGUAGUCUGUCUUGCGCAGACUGCAUUUCAUUUUUCAAAGUUCCUUGUCCCUUUUCUUGUUCAAAUGUGUGUUUGAACAAAAAAUUUUGUUCCUA